GACAGCGACUUGGGUUUGCGCUCAAAGCAGAUUAAGCAGCUAAGUGUAGCUGUUGAAUUGACAGCAUCUCCGGUGCGCGCCACCACCCCUCUGCUCGGGAUUUAUCCGGCUGGCAACAUUUUACUGGGAUUUUAUCGCAAUGGAAUAUUAACCUUACAGUCGUCCUUCUAUGCUGAGGUUAAAUGGAGGAACGGGACAGAAGCCGGUCUCCGUCCCGAAAGACCAGCCGUGUGGAGCAGGUGGUGGGGCGCUGGUUACGGCGCUCACGAGACUCCACCAGCAGAGAGCGUGUUUUGGAGGAGAGUCGUGUUGUUGACAACGGCUCAUCAGAGCAGAGGAGUUUCCCUAUCAGGGCGACAGUGCAGCUGCCCCGAGACCCCAACCUCCAAUCACAUGGCUUCACCGUGACCACAGACAUGCCCCUACUGGUGCACGAGGUCAUCCCAGGAGGCCCGGCCGAUGGGAAGCUCAUGCCUGGAGAUCAGCCUCUCAAGAUCAACAAUGUAGCAGUUGAUGACCUCUCUGCAGAGCAAGCUGCUGACCUCAUCAGGGAGUGCGAGGAGACCUUAACAAUCACAGUCCUCAGGAUUACAGUGGGGCCGAAGUCAUCGUUUAUAACUCCGGAGAAGAGAGCCCAGCUGAGGUCCAACCCAGUGAAGGUGCGCUUUGCAGAGGAGGUGGUGGUCAACGGCCACUCUCAGGGCAACUCCUUGCUUUUCUUGCCAAAUGUUCUGAAGGUUUACCUGGAGAACGGCCAGACCAAGGCCUUCAAGUUUGAGCCCAAGACCAGAGUCAAGGACAUUGUGAUGACUCUGAAGGAGAAGCUGUCAAUCACGCGCAUCGAGCACUUCUCCUUGCUGCUGGAACAACAAUACAGCAUCACCAAACUACUGCUGCUUCACGAGGAUGAGCUCAUACAGCAGGUGGUGGAGAAGAAGGAGACUCAUGACUAUAGGUGUUUGUUCAGAGUUUGUUUCAUGCCCAGAGACCCCCAGGACCUCCUGGAUGAAGACCCAGUGGCCUUUGAAUACCUCUAUCUACAGUGUGUGAGUGAUGUGUUGCAGGAGAGGUUUGCAGUGGAGAUGAAGUGCAACACUGCUCUCCGCUUGGCAGCACUGCACAUACAGGAGAGACUGGCUAGCACUGGACAAUCCCCAAAAACACACCUGAAGACCAUUACGAGGGAGUGGGGCAUUGAGAGUUUUGUCUCCAACACCCUGCUGAAGAACAUGAGGGAGAAGGACCUGAGGAAGGCCAUCAGCUACCACAUGAAGAAGUGCAUCUACCUGGAGCCCAAACAAAAGCUGAUAUCCGUCAACCAGGCCAGGCUGAACUACCUGUACGAGAUGGCAGAGCUCAAAUCUUACGGAGGGAAGUCUUUCAGUGCCACGAUGUUGCUACAGGACAGAGAGUCGAUGGUCAGCCUUCUGGUGGGGCUCCAGUAUGGCGUGAGCCAGGUGGUCAACCACAAGCUGAGUGUCAUCAACACACUGACGGAGUUCAGCAGCAUCACCAGAGUGGAGCUUAUUCCUGAGUCCGAGCGUGUCAGCCUGGUGAAGAUCUACCUGCAGGACAUCAAGCCCAUCACCCUUCUGCUGGAGUCGGUGGCAGCCAAAGACUUGUCUUGUCUGGUGGCUGGAUACUGCAGAGCUUUGGUCAACCCCAACAUCUGUGUGUUUCCAUGGAAUGCCCAUCGCAAGAGCCCUCGCAUAUCAACAGAGGAAGGUUACGUGUCUCAUUGUGGAAGUGAUUCUGAUGAUUCGGACACUGACGUGGACGCUUUGCUGGCCCACGUGGCCAGCGCCACCCGGAGCAGCAAGCAGACGGCAGACGGGUCCAGCUCUGAGCAGACGGCGAGCCGAGAGGGAGGAGAGGAGGAGGAGGAGGAGGAGGAGACGAGCCAGAGCCCACAGCAGGAGGAGACAGAGGAGCACACAGAGCAAGAGGAGGGGGGAGGGGAGGAGCAGGACAUGGAAACAGAACCCACAGAGGGGGUGAGUGAGAAGAUGGAGGAGCAGAGGACUAGAGAGGUGGUUGGGGGUGUGGAGGGGGCUGAUGGGGAUGCGCAGGAGGUGGAAGUGGAGGGUGGAGCAGAGGGACAGACGGAGGGGGGCGGAGGAGAGGAGCAGCGCUGCUACAUCAUGCUGGAGGAGCCCGCCUCCGAGGCGUCCGACUCCGGCCGGACAGACUCCCGCUUUCUGGCCAGCCUGUCCAGCGACUCCAUGGAUGCUCUGGAGGAGGACGACCUCCUGACCCUCUGCUCCACCCUUCGGCCAUGCCACCUCAGCGUAGGCCACGCCCACAACAACCCGCCGCUGUCGCCACGGACACCGCACACUGCCACCGAUCUCUACGGCGUCGGCGAGGGCGACCCCUUCCUGUGUUACGCGGCCCUGUCCAACAUGGUGGACUGUCUGCCCAGCCCUCCUGAGGCGAGCGAGGAUGAGGAGGAGGAAGAGCGGAGCCUGAGUUACCGAGGCCUGGACCUCUCGAAACUAACCCCCUUGUCUGCAAAAGGGGGCUGCGUGUUCACGUUCGAGCAGUGUGAUGCACGCCAUUACUACAACAUCUGCUCCAACGUGACCCCCGACAGUGCCAGGAGUCUGCCACGAGCCCUGCCAGACAGACCGGAGGAAGAGGAGGAGGAGGAGGAGGAGGAAGAGGAGGUGGCGGAGAUGGAGCCCGUGCCCAUCCUCCAGCCUCCGCCAGGCUUCGGAGACAGCAGCUCCGAUGACGAGUUCUUUGAUGCGCAGGAGAGACUCACCUCCCCAGAACAGCCGUCGUCAGCCAACAUGACCAGAGAGAAUUCGACAGAAUCCAGCGCCAUGAAGCGGACCCUGAGCCUCAGUGACAUCGGCAUCUGUGUGAGCGAAUCCGGCAGAGAGGGGGGAGGGGAGUGCAGCGAGGAGGCUGAGCUGGAGGACAGAGACAGCGCCCUCUCCUGGACCAGGAGGAAGUCUGGAAAGCAGCGGCGCUCCUAUCUGGAGACAGACUACACGUCACUGGUGUCCUAUCCGGAACAGAACCACAGGCCCAAGAACCACUAUGAUGCCCUGAUCUCAGCCAGCGGCCAAGAGCCAGCAGAGGACCUGAGCCAGGCGCCCUGCCCCACGGUGUCACCUCUGACCAGCACUGAGCCCGAGCCCGCUCAGCUGGAGAACAAGCCCAUCACCAGCUUCUGCAGCCGGCCACUGACCAACGCCCUGGCGGAGCCGCGAGGUCACCACCGCCGGCACCUGUCCACUCAGGUGGAGAUGGAGGUGGAGCCAGAUGCCAUGGAGACGAAAGCCGUCACCGAGCUGCUGGCGUCCUCCAUCAGUGCCGUGAGGCGGAGUGCCACCCUCCCAGCGGCAGACCUGAGGGCCAGCAGGAGAGGCGAGGUGGCAUCGGCAGAGGGUUUGCUGGACAGGUUGUCGGAGGGGGCAUUCGCUGGCCACCUCUUCUUCAGGCGAACCGCUGAGGUUCCCCUAGAGGAGGGGGAGGGGGAGGGGGAGGGCCACUGUUCUUUGCCUAGGCCUCGCUCCUUCACCGUGGGUCACGUGGACUCCCCCACCACCCGGCACUCACCCGUCAUCCCCACCAUAUCCUACACCCCCAGCCCUGAUGAGGAGGAGGAAGCGGGGUCAAUUGGGGAAGCAGCCCAAGUCAGCAAUAGCCCCAGCCUGACCGAGGCCUUCAGGAGGGGGCUAUCAGUGAGCCGUGAGAGCCUGACUCACGCUGGAGAGGCAGACGAGCUGGACAGCAACUACUCAUUUCAGGAGCCACCCAAGUCCUCGAUGGAGCCCACCUCCGGCUUCCUGCUGAGUCCCUGCUCCUCGGGCAGCAUGAUCGGCCGCCUGUCGGCGUCCACGCUGCGGGGCAAGAUCCAGAGCCUGCCCCUCUACCUGUCCCGCUCGCAGGAGGCCCUGAGCGAGAACCGCCCGGAUAGCGGCACCCCUCAGAGGAGGAGGUUCUCCGAGGCCAGCCGCUGCCGGAGAGCGGACAGGUCGCCGUGCACACAGCUGGGCUGGGAGGAAGGUGCUCCAGAGGUCACGGAGGUUAAAGUGGUGACCAUAGUGUCUGAGGAGGUGACCGAGGUGAUCGAGGAGAUGGUGGAGGUCAGCCACCGCAGUCCAGGGGCCCAACAACGAGCCGAGACCAAAGUUGACUCGUUCCCCAUGAGUUCAGAGCAGGAAACCCUCUCUGCCACGAGGGCUGAGCAACCGGUCAGCACAGGUCCGCCCUCGGUGGUGGUGACCACCCAGAACCUGCCCAACACAGGCCCCCACAUGGGCAACCACACACACACCCACCCUGCCCUCACGGGCUGCGGCCUCUUCAGAAACUGUGAGUCCCAGCCCACGGACACUCAACCCCAGGCCCUGCCCAGUCCCUGCCCCCAUGGGAAACCCGAGCUGGGCUGCCGCAGUGCGCUGGCGCUGGGUUGUGAGGUGCUGCUGGACACCGCCCAGGCCCCUCUGGAGGUGUGCGACUGCCAGGCCGUCUACACCAACUGCUUCAGUGGAGUCUUGGAUGGGAGCAGCUUCGACGAUGAGCUGACCGUCUACGAGUUCUCCUGCCGCACAAAGCCGGACACUCUUGUGGUCAGUCCGGUGUCAGCUAUCCCUCAACCACUGUCAUCCUCCCCAUUCUCCCCCUCAUCCUCCUCCUCUUCCUCCUCUCCUCUUCCUUCUUUCCCCUGCCCAAUUCUGCCCCCCUCUUCCUCCACUGAGCUCAGUCCUCUUCUCUCCCCUUUCGAACCGGUCAACUGCUUCCUGUCUGACCCAGAAGAGGAGGCCAUCGCCACUUUGCUGGCCCGCCGCUAUCCGUCGCCGCCCGCGGGCUUCGCUGCGCUGCAGCGGGACACAGAGACGCUCCUUUCCGUGCUAGCGGGCGCGGCCAAAUCUCGGAGCGAGUGCGAGAGCCCGGAGCACCACCGGGACUCGUGCGCGGCCCACUUCUCCGAGAACAAGCGGCGGCUGCACGAGGAGGCGCGGGGUCUGCUGGCGGGCUGCCAGCGUGUGGUGCGCGCCGGCCAGACGGCCGAGGACACCCUGCAGGCGCUGGCGCUCAGCUUCCGCGCGCUGGUGCAGCUGGCCUCCGUCUGCCUGUGCUUCUCCAGCUGCCCGCGUUGCCGUCAGCGGCACGGCCAAGCGCUAGCGGGGCUGGCCGACGUGGCGCGGACCUACCGGGAGUUCGCCCGCACCGCCGAGUGCGUGGGCAGCGCGGCAGCGGCCACGGGCAAGCGCAGCAGCUGCCACGACCUCAGCAUCAAGCUGCUGGCACGCCAGUGCACCGCCCUCACCACCUCCGUCUUCUGCCUCACGCAGCUCUUCCGCACACUCACCGCACUCUGACCUUUAACCCCACGACCUGAGCUGCCCUCUGAUCUCCACUCAAGAAUCCAUGAGCAGAGCAAACCCCUCUCAGUGGCCAUGCCAUCCACACCUGUGGCAGGGCCGUCACUCCAUGGCGAAGCACUUUGAGUCAACGAUGCUGGAGACAAAGAAAGCUUUUUCUGAGGUUGAGGAUUAAGGGCGUUUGAGAACUCUUGUUCUUCAGGAAGGUGGGGGUCUGUUUGGACGUCUUAAUGCUGGCUUUCAGUAUUGGCUACGUGGAACAGAGGAGAAGAUGGUUCCUCUUGAGCCUGUAGGGGGAAGGGGAAGGACCACACUCUUCAACCCCCUCCCAAUGAUUUCCUGCCUAGAGACUAUAGUGAAUGUGCUUUACACCUGUUGUGCCCAAGCACAGGUUUACAAACAGUGAGCAUGCAUACACACACACACACACCAAAGACAGAUCAAAUGCAUGGCUACCAAGCAGGCCAUGAGUGCAGUAUUACACACUCAGUGACAAUGACAACUGAAAGCAUACAGUACCUGCUCGUCCUAGAAUAUUCAUGUUUAUGUGUUAGUUCUCAUAUUCGAAUGUAUUCAUUUAUUCAUGAGUUUGCUUCACAGAGAUUACAUUCCCAGUCUCAUCAACAACUAUUGUUCUGUGAACAGAUGCUGAGAGAUGCACAGAUGCUUUGGGUCAUUCCAAACACACAUUUUUAAGCAUAAUUUAGAAUAACACAUACUUAUCGUAAUGAUUUGAUUAUGAUGUUAUUUUUCAUAUGGUUCUGAACACAAGUUUGAAUAACUGUUUACAACUGUUUAUCUAAACUUGUGUAAUUUUGUUAUUUAUACUGGCAUAAUGGUACCAAAGGUCAUGGUUGGGCUUGUGUAAAUAUGACCUGGAGGCAGACUGAAGCAUACCCACUGAACCUGGAAUGCGUUUGAUUCAAGUCCAUGUUAUGCAGAAUCACUUCAGUGCUAACCUGACUCUCGCCAGAUGAAUUUCGUUCCGCCCAGCUCCACUCACAUCCAUCUGGGAUCGGUUCCAUUGAGAGUGAUUUCGGCACCAGAUUGUAUGGUAGAGCCAAUCAGGA